ACCACCGGAGGUGGGGGAGGGGGCCCUGUGGACUGCCCUCUCCCCCCCUCCCUGCCCCAGCCACACCACCGCCCAGUGCCAGAGCAUCUCCCUGCUGUCAUUUCUCGGGCCUCGAGGGAGCCCUGCCCUCCGUCCCACCAGGAUCCGUGGCAAGUGGGGGCCGCGGCAGCUGCGUCCCCAUGAGGAGGGGAGGAAGAUGCCGGCUGAGCUGCUGCUGCUGCUGAUUGUCGCCUUUGCCAGCCCCAGCUGCCAGGUGCUCUCAUCACUGCGCAUGGCUGCAAUCCUGGAUGAUCAGACGGUGUGUGGCCGUGGCGAGCGUCUGGCCCUGGCCCUGGCCCGGGAGCAGAUCAACGGGAUCAUCGAGGUCCCAGCCAAGGCCCGAGUGGAAGUAGACAUCUUUGAGCUGCAGCGGGACAGCCAGUACGAGACCACGGACACCAUGUGUCAGAUCCUGCCUAAGGGGGUCGUGUCUGUCCUGGGGCCUUCCUCCAGCCCUGCAUCUGCUUCCACCGUGAGCCAUAUCUGUGGGGAGAAGGAGAUCCCCCACAUCAAGGUGGGUCCCGAGGAGACGCCUCGCCUCCAGUACCUUCGUUUUGCAUCUGUCAGCCUGUACCCCAGUAACGAGGAUGUCAGCCUGGCGGUCUCCCGAAUCCUCAAGUCCUUCAACUACCCCUCGGCCAGCCUCAUCUGCGCCAAGGCCGAGUGCCUGUUGCGGUUGGAGGAGCUGGUUCGAGGCUUCCUCAUCUCCAAGGAGACGCUGUCAGUGAGGAUGCUGGAUGACAGCCGGGACCCCACACCACUGCUCAAGGAGAUCCGUGAUGACAAGGUGUCCACCAUUAUCAUCGACGCCAAUGCCUCCAUCUCCCACCUCAUCCUCCGUAAGGCCUCAGAGCUAGGCAUGAUCUCAGCGUUUUACAAGUACAUCCUCACCACCAUGGACUUCCCCAUCCUGCACCUGGACGGGAUCGUGGAGGACUCCUCCAACAUCCUGGGCUUCUCCAUGUUCAACACCUCGCACCCCUUCUACCCCGAGUUUGUGCGCAGCCUCAACAUGUCCUGGAGAGAGAACUGCGAAGCCAGCACCUACCCGGGCCCUGCGCUGUCGGCUGCCCUGAUGUUUGACGCUGUGCAUGUGGUGGUGAGCGCCGUCCGGGAGCUGAACCGCAGCCAGGAGAUCGGUGUGAAGCCCCUGGCCUGUACGUCGGCCAACAUUUGGCCCCACGGGACCAGCCUCAUGAACUACCUGCGCAUGGUAGAGUAUGACGGGCUGACCGGGCGGGUCGAAUUCAACAGCAAAGGGCAAAGGACCAACUACACCCUGCGUAUCCUAGAGAAGUCCCCGCAGGGCCACCGUGAGAUUGGGGUGUGGUACUCUAACCGGACCCUGGCCAUGAACGCCACCACCCUGGACAUCAACCUGUCGCAGACGCUGGCCAACAAGACGCUGGUGGUCACGACCAUUUUGGAAAACCCAUACGUCAUGCGCCGGCCUAACUUCCAGGCCCUGUCGGGAAAUGAGCGCUUUGAGGGCUUCUGCGUGGACAUGCUGCGGGAGCUGGCUGAGCUGCUGCGCUUCCGCUAUCGUCUGCGGCUGGUGGAGGACGGGCUGUACGGGGCACCCGAGCCCAACGGCUCCUGGACGGGCAUGGUCGGCGAGCUCAUCAACCGGAAGGCAGACCUGGCUGUGGCUGCAUUCACCAUCACAGCCGAGCGGGAAAAGGUCAUCGACUUCUCCAAACCCUUCAUGACCCUGGGGAUCAGCAUCCUCUACCGAGUGCACAUGGGGCGCAAGCCUGGCUACUUCUCCUUCCUGGACCCCUUCUCCCCUGCUGUGUGGCUCUUCAUGCUUCUUGCCUACCUGGCCGUCAGCUGCAUCCUGUUCCUGGCUGCCAGGCUGAGCCCCUACGAGUGGUACAACCCACACCCAUGCCUGCGGGCGCGCUCCCACAUCCUAGAGAACCAGUACACGCUGGGCAACAGCCUCUGGUUCCCCGUCGGGGGCUUCAUGCAGCAGGGCUCGGAGAUCAUGCCCCGGGCGCUGUCCACUCGCUGCGUCAGCGGAGUCUGGUGGGCCUUCACCUUGAUCAUCAUCUCCUCCUACACGGCCAACCUGGCCGCCUUCCUCACCGUGCAGCGCAUGGAGGUGCCUGUGGAGUCGGCUGACGACCUGGCAGACCAGACCAACAUUGAGUAUGGCACCAUCCACGCUGGCUCCACCAUGACCUUCUUCCAGAACUCACGGUACCAGACGUACCAGCGCAUGUGGAACUACAUGCAGUCGAAGCAGCCCAGCGUGUUCGUCAAGAGCACGGAGGAGGGCAUCGCCCGCGUCCUCAACUCUCGCUAUGCCUUCCUGCUCGAGUCCACCAUGAACGAGUACCACCGGCGCCUCAACUGCAACCUCACCCAGAUCGGGGGCCUCCUCGACACCAAGGGCUACGGCAUCGGCAUGCCGCUGGGCUCGCCGUUCCGGGACGAGAUCACACUGGCCAUCCUGCAGCUCCAAGAGAACAACCGGCUGGAGAUCCUGAAGCGCAAGUGGUGGGAGGGGAGCCGGUGCCCCAAGGAGGAGGACCGUCGCGCUAAAGGUCUGGGCAUGGAGAACAUUGGCGGCAUUUUUGUCGUGCUUAUCUGUGGCCUCAUCAUAGCUGUCUUCGUGGCCGUCAUGGAGUUUAUAUGGUCCACGCGGAGGUCGGCGGAGUCCGAAGAGGACAAGAAAGAUGACAAGGGUUCGCCUAAGAAGAGCAAGGCCGCCAAGGAGCGCCGCGACCUGGAGGACCUCAAGAAGGAGGUGGCCAUGACCGAGCACAAGAUGUCAGUGGAGGAGGUCUGCCGGAAGUACAACACGGACUGCGUGCAGGGUCUGACCCACAGCAAAGCCCAGGAGAUCCUGGCCCGGGACGGGCCUAAUGCGCUCACGCCGCCACCCACCACCCCCGAGUGGGUCAAGUUCUGCCGCCAGCUCUUCGGGGGCUUCUCCAUCCUGCUGUGGAUCGGGGCCAUCCUCUGCUUCCUGGCCUACGGCAUCCAGGCGGGCACCGAGGACGACCCCUCUGGGGACAAUCUGUACCUGGGCAUCGUGCUGGCGGCCGUGGUCAUCAUCACCGGCUGCUUCUCCUACUACCAGGAGGCCAAGAGCUCCAAGAUCAUGGAGUCCUUCAAGAACAUGGUUCCCCAGCAAGCCCUCGUGAUCCGGGAAGGUGAGAAGAUGCAGGUGAAUGCUGAGGAGGUGGUGGUCGGGGACCUGGUGGAGAUCAAGGGUGGAGACCGAGUCCCAGCAGACCUGCGGAUUAUCUCAGCCCACGGCUGCAAGGUGGACAACUCCUCCCUGACCGGCGAAUCAGAACCCCAGACCCGCUCUCCGGACUGCACACACGACAACCCCUUGGAGACUCGGAACAUCACCUUCUUCUCCACCAACUGUGUGGAAGGCACGGCUCGGGGCGUGGUGGUGGCCACAGGGGACCGCACUGUCAUGGGCCGCAUCGCCACCCUGGCUUCAGGGCUGGAGGUGGGCAAGACGCCCAUCGCCAUCGAGAUUGAGCACUUCAUCCAGCUCAUCACUGGCGUGGCCGUCUUCCUGGGCGUCUCCUUCUUCGUCCUCUCCCUCAUUCUUGGAUAUAGCUGGCUUGAGGCCGUCAUCUUCCUCAUCGGCAUCAUCGUGGCCAAUGUCCCAGAGGGCCUGCUGGCCACGGUCACUGUGUGCCUGACGCUGACGGCCAAGCGCAUGGCGCGGAAGAACUGCCUCGUGAAAAACCUGGAGGCUGUGGAGACCCUGGGCUCCACCUCCACCAUCUGCUCGGACAAGACAGGGACCCUCACCCAGAACCGCAUGACCGUGGCCCACAUGUGGUUUGACAACCAGAUCCACGAGGCCGACACCACCGAGGACCAGUCAGGGACCUCGUUCGACAAGAGCUCGCACACCUGGGUGGCCCUGUCCCACAUCGCCGGACUCUGCAACAGGGCCGUCUUCAAGGGCGGGCAGGACAACAUCCCGGUGCUCAAGAGGGAUGUGGCCGGCGAUGCCUCUGAGUCGGCCCUGCUCAAGUGCAUCGAGCUGUCCUCCGGCUCCGUGAAGCUGAUGCGGGAACGGAACAAGAAAGUGGCCGAGAUCCCCUUUAACUCCACCAACAAAUACCAGCUCUCCAUCCACGAGACCGAGGACCCCAACGACAACCGGUACCUGCUGGUGAUGAAGGGCGCCCCCGAGCGCAUCCUGGACCGCUGCGCCACCAUCUUGCUUCAGGGCAAGGAGCAGCCCCUGGAUGAGGAGAUGAAAGAAGCCUUCCAGAACGCCUACCUGGAGCUUGGGGGCCUGGGCGAGCGCGUGCUGGGUUUCUGCCAUUACUACCUGCCCGAGGAGCAGUUCCCCAAGGGCUUUGCCUUCGACUGCGAUGACGUGAACUUCACCACAGACAACCUCUGCUUCGUGGGCCUCAUGUCCAUGAUCGACCCGCCCCGGGCGGCCGUCCCGGACGCAGUGGGCAAGUGCCGCAGUGCAGGCAUCAAGGUCAUCAUGGUCACGGGCGAUCACCCCAUCACGGCAAAGGCCAUCGCCAAGGGUGUGGGCAUCAUCUCCGAGGGCAACGAGACGGUGGAGGACAUUGCCGCCCGGCUCAACAUUCCCGUCAGCCAGGUCAACCCCCGGGACGCCAAGGCCUGUGUGAUCCACGGCACCGACCUCAAGGACUUCACCUCCGAGCAGAUCGACGAGAUCCUGCAGAACCACACGGAGAUCGUCUUCGCCCGCACGUCCCCCCAGCAGAAGCUCAUCAUCGUGGAGGGCUGUCAGAGACAGGGCGCAAUCGUGGCUGUGACCGGGGACGGCGUGAACGACUCCCCGGCGCUGAAGAAGGCCGACAUCGGGGUGGCCAUGGGCAUCGCUGGCUCUGACGUGUCCAAGCAGGCGGCGGACAUGAUUCUGCUGGACGACAACUUUGCCUCCAUCGUCACGGGUGUGGAGGAGGGCCGCCUGAUCUUUGACAACCUGAAGAAGUCCAUCGCCUACACCCUGACCAGCAACAUCCCCGAGAUCACACCCUUCCUACUGUUCAUCAUGGCCAACAUCCCACUGCCUCUGGGCACCAUUACCAUCCUCUGCAUCGACCUGGGCACUGACAUGGUGCCUGCCAUCUCCUUGGCCUACGAGGCUGCAGAGAGCGACAUCAUGAAGAGACAGCCCAGGAACCCCCGCACGGACAAGCUGGUCAACGAACGGCUCAUCAGCAUGGCCUACGGGCAGAUUGGAAUGAUCCAAGCUCUCGGAGGCUUCUUCUCCUACUUUGUGAUCCUGGCAGAAAAUGGCUUCUUGCCUGGCAACCUGGUGGGCAUCCGGUUGAACUGGGACGACCGCACCGUCAAUGACCUUGAGGACAGCUACGGGCAGCAGUGGACGUACGAGCAGAGGAAAGUGGUGGAGUUCACGUGCCACACGGCCUUCUUUGUGAGCAUCGUGGUGGUCCAGUGGGCCGACCUGAUCAUCUGCAAGACCCGCAGGAACUCGGUCUUCCAGCAGGGCAUGAAGAACAAGAUCCUGAUCUUCGGCUUGUUCGAGGAGACGGCCCUCGCUGCCUUCCUGUCCUACUGCCCCGGCAUGGACGUGGCCCUUCGCAUGUACCCUCUCAAGCCCAGCUGGUGGUUCUGUGCCUUCCCCUACAGCUUCCUCAUCUUCGUCUAUGACGAAAUUCGCAAACUCAUCCUGCGCAGGAACCCCGGGGGUUGGGUGGAGAAGGAAACCUACUACUGACCUCAACCCCACCACCUCACCCAUCUCUUCCCUGCCCCCGAAGCCCAGGAGAGCCCCCUCCAGUCCCCCCAAUU